AUGGGUCUAGCUUACCACAUUGCAAAAAUUCACAGUGAGGCAUCUGUUGAGCACAAUGGAUGGGAACUCAAGCAAUACAUUGAGGAGCUAUACUGGGGAUCCGGUAAGCAUGUGAUGCUGCUGGGGGCACAGCGAGGGCGGCGUUCUGCAUUGUCAAUCUACUGGUGUGAUUUGAAAGACAAAGUUGCUGGUUUAGCACUGGUACAGAGCCCCUAUGGUGGCACUCCCUUGGCUUCUGAUAUUCUUCUCGAAGGCCAGAUUGCAGAUAAAGAAAACCGCAGGAUCAUGGAACUUUUGAUAUGCAAGCUAAUGAAGAUAAUAUCACCAAUACCUGAGCUUGUUGAAAGUCCUUUGUGUAUAUACAGUAUACUAAACAAGUGGAGAAUUACAAGUUGUAUUUGGAAACAUCCCAAUUCAUAUUUGCAUUGUAUUGUGACGUUUGGGCACUGGAGGAUCUUACUUACGAGAAGCAAAAGGACUUCAUCAUGA